GACCUUCGUGCGAUUAACAACAUGAUACUUACACGAAAAGUUGGGAAGAGACUUUUAGCAGAUGAUUCACCAGAAGAAGAGGGCUCCCCACCUAAACAGCCUGCUCCAGCAGUUGUAGCUCGGAAAUUACAAAACUUGCUUGGAGAUCGAAUGGGGCAGACACAAGACUGAUGGUUGAGCGUGCUAUGAAUUCCUACUUGCACUUUUUUCUCUAUUCACCCUUAUUAUAUUUAUACACGAAUGGACAGAAUAGUUAUUUACUUGUUGAAGUUUGGUUUUGAAUUUACAACUGACAGUUUCAGUUUCCUUUUUUGUUUUUGCUAUUGUGGGUUGGUUGAUUUGUGUGUUGUGUGUGAAUGACAGCUAUUUCUAUGAUUGCUAUAAGUCUUAGUAUUUGAAAAAGAAAUUUCUCGAAGUUCAUUGCUUAACUAGAUAACUUGAUGAGACAAAAGUUCAGUGCUGUACUAUACAUAUAUAUUAUAUAUGUACAUGAAGAUUUAUUUUCAUUAAAGCACUGGUCUGACUUUGUUUUAAUUUUUCACUGUAAUGCCAUGUAUAACGGCAUCAUGCAAAGAGCUUUUGUGAUCUUUCUCUAUAAUUGCAGGAUUUAACAUCCUUUUCAUAACUGAAGAAACAGUAUAUGAUACUGUUAACAAUUAUACUGAUCAAAUUUUACUAAUUUGUAUUAAUAAAUAUUGUAAAAUGGAGCAUGUUUCUCUGUUUCAAAAUUCAUAGAAAUGCUCACUUGCACCAUUCACGAUAUUCCAAUAAGUAUAAGAAUAUAUAUUGGUAAAAAUAUUUAUCAUGUAGUGUUUAAC